AUGGCUAGCAAUAGCAAAUACAAUAAUUAUUUUAAAUUUGAAAAAAAUAAAAUUUCUUGCCAACAAGAACAUUGUGACUAUUUUUAUGCACCAAAAAAUCAAUAUGGGUUUCCAACAACUUCUUUGCGUAAACAUUUAGAGCGUAGGCAUCCAUCAGUGUUUUCUGAGCUCCUCCAAUCCGAAAAAUCAGAAAAAGAGAUGGAUGAAGGAGCAGAAAAACUUAAACAAACAAGUUUGAAAAGGAUAUUUUCUGUUUCUGCCGGUUCGGCUUCAACUUCCCAAGCAAUGACAUCAACAAAACAACCAAGAAUUGAGGAUGUGUUUAGUAAGAAUUUAGUCGUUUUUAAUAUUUAUAAAUUUUUAUCUAAGAACAAUGGGCAGCCGACGGCGAAAUGA